UUUAAAGCAAUAAUUUUUUGAUGCUUCGUUACCUAUAACGGGAAAAUUUAAAUUCAAAUUUCUUUAUUACAUUCAGUAUAUUUUGUGAAAAUAAGGAUACAGCUAACUUACCAGAAAACACACCAAGGUGCUGAAAUAACCUAGGAAAUGCGAGAUGAGACUAUUCUAUUGCUGUGUUCUAAUCAAAGAAAACGUUGUGAUUGAUAAUCUCCAACUAAAUCAAAAGCUUACCGAAACUGAUGUCAUAUAAAUACUCAUUGCAAGAUAUUUAGAGAUUGAAAAACCUUUUAAACAGAUUAUUCAAAUUGUUUGGGAUAUUUCUUAGUUUUAAUUUACAUCCACUUGUAUAUCCAAGACAAUGGUGAAAGUAACAUUUUCAUUACAUGACUAAGACAGUUAAAGAAUCAUCAAAAGUGAAUUUUGAAACAUUAUGAACUGGUUCUCCACCAAAGAACCUUACAUUAUAUCAAAAUAAAUCCUACUUAUUUUUUAAACAUAUUAAAUCAAAAUAUUUCACAUCAACAACCCAUGAUGCCUGCUCAGAUGACAACCAGUAACACACCGACCACGCCCCAAAUGCCGGUGACCACGCCAAUCCCAUUAUUCCGUCCUCCCUUGCCGAAGUCACUCCCACUACAGAGACCAAUGAACAGGCCGUAUAACCCUGCAUGCCGAUUUGGUAAUAUGAGCCACGAGGCUCUGCAUAAAAUGAGCCAAGUUGCCAUACACGGAACACCCCCCAACCAGCCAAUGAGUCAAGAAACUUUCGAAUACCUGUGGCAUACGCUGGAGGAAGUGACCGAUAAUGUUGAUUAUACCCAUAUCAACACCCGGGAACUGGAUUACUCCUAUGAUGACAGUGAGGAUGGUACCUCAUUGCAAGUUGAGAAAUUCCGAAUAAACCAACACCACACUGAUGUUUCAGAUCUUUUGAACCCCAUCAUCGGCACCACAUCAUCGUCCUCCAUGUCGCCAGACUCACAGACGAACAUCAGUGGAUCAACAGCAUCAAGCCCAUACCAAGAAAUGGCCCUCACAAGCCCGCCACCAUACAGUCCCCAUACAAAUCUGACCUCGCCCAUUCCUACAGUUCCAUCAAACACAAACUACCCAGGGGACUAUGGGUUCGAAAUCAGCUUCGCUACCCCAUCAAAGGAAACCAAAUCUACCACAUGGACGUACUCAGAUAUUCUCAAAAAAUUGUAUGUCCGUAUGGCCACCACAUGCCCCGUUCGCUUCAAGACUCUCCGUCAGCCACCACCAGGUUGUGUUAUACGAUCCAUGCCAAUCUUCAUGAAACCCGAACAUGUACAAGAGGCUGUGAAGCGUUGUCCAAAUCACGCUACUUCAAAAGAAUUCAAUGAGAAUCAUCCAGCCCCAAAUCACCUUGUCCGCUGUGAGCACAAGGUAUCCAAGUAUGUCGAGGACCCUUACACAAAUCGACAGUCAGUGCUCAUUCCUCAGGAAACACCCCAGGCCGGCUCUGAGUGGGUCACCAAUCUCUUCCAGUUCAUGUGUCUUGGAUCAUGCGUCGGAGGACCAAAUAGAAGACCUUUACAGAUUGUCUUCACACUUGAAAAAGACAAUCAAGUACUGGGACGUCGCUGUGUGGAAGUUAGAAUCUGUGCAUGCCCGGGUCGUGACCGUAAAGCCGACGAGCGAGGAAGUCUGCCCCCGAUGGUCAGCGGAGGAGUGAAGAAGAGUCAGAUGCCCAAAUUUUCCAUGGGAACAGAGAUCACCACAGUUUCAUCAGGAAAGAAGAGAAAGUUUGAAGACGAUGAGCAGACGUUCACUCUGACUGUACGAGGGCGAGAAAAUUAUGAUAUGCUCUGUAAGAUCAGAGAUAGCUUAGAAAUCGCCGCACUCCUUCCCCAAAAUCAACUGCAGUCUCUCAAGCAGAAGCAAGUAGAGGUCCAAAGACAGUCCUCUUCCAUCCAGGCAGCAACCAGCUCAGCACGCAUUCCGGCCAUCGCAGCAACGCCAGCAACUACCUAUGUACAACAGGGAGUCACCACUACAUCAUCCGAUGGCAAACAGCUUACAAUGCCGUUCAAUACCCAGGAACUGGUACAAGUGACGAGUUCCGACGUCUCACAUGACGGUGCCGUGCCGCAACCAAUCAAGGAGGAGACCAUUCAAAAUGACAUGCAGGAUAAUAGCGUAUCUACGUGGUUGAAUGCUCUCGGGCUCGGCGCAUACAUUGAUGGAUUCCAUGAGCAGAACCUGUACAGUUUGCUUCAAUUGGAUGACUUUUCACUCGAUGACCUCGCGAAAAUGAAGAUCGGUAACUCCCAUCGGAAUAAGAUUUGGAAAAGUCUUCUUGAACUCCGCAACCAAGGGUUCACCACUGCCGAGUCCCAGGACUCGUUAGCAAAACAAGCUUCAUCAACCUCAACAAUUAGCCUUGCUUCACAGGGAUCCAUUUCCCAGAACAGCACAUACAAUCCUGGCUUCUAUGAAGUUACGAGGUACACAUUUAAGCAUACGAUCAGCUUGACCAAGGAGGAGAGACACGUCCAGACAAGAAGUUCAGCGUCAAAAGCAGAUUAGUGAAAGAGACUAAUGUUGAUGUUUUGUUCAUUGUAUUUUGUUAUGUAGACAAUGUUAUUGUUUGAGGUACUGCUGCAAUUUUUGUUUUUGUUUGUUCAGGUGUAACGUUUUUUAGCAUUUAACAAUUGCGUUCAGAUCAUGAUGGGCAAGUUUUGAAAAAUCGACCUUAGAAGUAAUAUAUCCGACGCUAUAAUGAAAGUAGACCACCAAGCACUUGUACACAACAAGAUUUCAACAUUGUAUACGCUACCAGUGACGAUAUGCACCUGUGUUGCAUGGCCCAUAACUCUUGAUUUAAUCAUUAUUGAGGUUUGGCCCUUGUUUGACCCUCUAACAAGCUAUGGAAUCUUCUUGUGGUAAUCUUGUUUUGGUAUUAAGUUCAUUGAGUAUUAUUUUUAUAUUUUGAUGCAUGUUCUACUAUGGAUUUCACAUUAAGUGUUCAAAAUAAGACCAUGCCAAAUUGUUUCUAUGUUAAGUGUCCGUGGAUGUUUUUGGGCAUCCUGAUUGAAAAAAAAACAACUACACUAUAUGAUCAAAUUUCUUGCCGAAUAUUUUGAAUUUCCGUUUACUAUUACGAAUACAGAACAUUAGUGUUAACAACAUGCUUCAUACUUUGUAUCAGUGUUCUUGGCAUUUGAUAUCAGAAUAUAAUGUAUUCUGUGUGAUUCCCAUAAUCAACACACUUAGAUACAGGUUUAAUUUGAACUCAUUUGGCAGUGGAAAUCCAUCUAACAAUUAAAAAUGGACCAAUGAGUCUCUGGUUUCUAUAUUCUACAUAGGAUAUCACUCAUUUAGUUUUCCUUUUUUCUGGGGUUAGUUUGAUUUUGGAUAGCUAGAUAUGUUUUCGUACUAACGUGGUUGACGCUUAGCAUAAAAAGAAUUUGGUAUGGCCUAAUUCAGAUUUUCUGUUUUUUAAUAGGCUGAACAUGUAUGGUACAUAUAGACAAAUACCUUCAUGAUUAUACUUUGCAUAAAUAAGUGCUCAGUUUCAUUCAUUUAUAGUGUGCAAUUUCAUUUUGUAGAUACAUUAAGUAAAAAGUGAACCAUUACUGAUAACUCGACUCAUCCUAUAAAAAAACACAUUUCAGAGGAUAAAAAUACUUGCUAUACAAACUGUUUGUUAAAAAAAGCACUCGAGCUAUAUGGUUUUCUGUUUGAGGUAUGAUCAAAUUUAGCAGAUACAUUUCAGAUUCUAACAGCUUCAAAAACAAAGUUGGAACGUGCAUGUAGUCUUGAUUAGAAUGGUUUUUCUUGAAUAUUCUGAUUGGAAUGUUAAUAUAACUGUUGCCAUGAAAAUGGUAAACUUUGCUUUACUAUUAAAGGGAUUCUUAAGUGAAAUCAUUAUUUAAAGCUUUCAACUUCAGACUACUGAACACUUGUAAAGAUUGUCAUUUUUGCAUCAAAAAUUGUAGGAACUACCUUGAAAUGAAUAUAAACGACUUUAGAAAACAAAUUCAAAAAGGGUCUAAGCCCCUUUACCCAGCUUGGGGCAUAAAUCCCUCAUACUCAAACAGAUCCCUAGAACUGUGCAUAAUUGAUAGUUGCUCCUACAAGUGACUUGUGGCUAAUGAAGUUCUGAAGGAUCACUGUAUGUAUGAGAAAUGUUUGAUAUGAAAUACCAUGUUAGGAGAAGAUGUGUUUUGGUGAUGUUUAAACAUCCUCGGGUGGUAAAAGAUAUGUUAUAAGAUAAAAGUUGCUAUAUUUUGUAGUUUAAGGAUUUUAAUACUGUUGUUUUAUGUGUAUAAGUAAAUACACCUGGCUGUGUAUUACAUAUUUAUCAUAGUGUAAUGUUUGACUUUGCAGUGUGUAUUUAUUAUUAACCAUAAUAUAUAUUUGUGACUUGUUCGUUUUAUAAAAAUGUUCAUUAUUCGGGAAAUCAUGAGUGCAUCAAAUUGUUUAAUUAUGUGUAAACUUUUUCCCAAGAUUAUUGUGUUCAGAGCUAUGAUGUCACAAACGAAACUUACUAGAUAAUGUGUUCAUAAUUUAUCUAAUAUGCAAGCCAUUAUGUCAUAAUAACAUUUCAUGCAUAGUAGUAUUAGAGUAUUUUUCUGUUUAUGUAAAACAUAAUAUCAUAAUCAUAGUUAAAUUGUAUUGGCCUGUUGGGAUGUGGCUUCAUUUCGUCACCUCCAGAGCAUGGAAGAUACAUGGGGAUUAUUUUGUGCGACGUUGUCGUUGGCAUCACACAGUUGUUGUCAAUUAGGGCUAAAAAAAAAUCAUUUUGUUUGAGUUCCCCGACCCUACCUACGAAUUAGGCACUGACCCUACCAUUUUUAUAGUCAAUUGGUAAAAAAAAAAAACUUUCCUACCUGGUUUUGAAAUGGAUGUAACCCUAACCAAACCAUUUUAUUUUUGGUCUUAACAACUUUUAAAAGACUUGUUUGAGAGUCUACAAACUUGGUAUGCACAUUUAUCAUGGUCAGUAGAAAACCUUGAUUGAUUGUGGGGUCACUGGGUCGAAGGUCAACAUGACCUUUGCACUCCCGGCAGGUGACACAACCAAUUCAAAGAAUUCUAGUAUAAACUUUAAUAUUUCAAUAACAUAAUGCUCAAUUUACAAUGACCUGAAUGUUUGGUAGGAAUAUGAUCUUUUGGCAACCAUUAUCUAAUAAAAAGUGCUGACAAAACGCUUCAUAUUUUUAUUGAGAGCUGUCUAAUUAAUAUUCAGUUUUGUUAUCAAAACCAUUUUGACUCGUCCAUUCAUCAAUUUUUGCCAUAAACAUGUAUUAAAUCACACCCCUUUGGAAUCAGUGUUCAGAAAUUAUUUAGUUGAUAGUUGUUGUCAGUAAAAUUUUAUAGCGCUCUUGAAUUUCUGUUUUGCACUUAAAAAAUAUUGACAGUUGCUUAAUAAUUUGGAGUAUUAAGUAAAGGUAUUAUUUGGUGAUUUUAAUCUUUACUGUUUCUCAACAAAGAAAUUAUGCUCAUUUUAAUAUGUACAUAUAAAUUAAUAGUUUGGUACCAAAUUUCAUUUUUUAACGUCCUGUAUACUGUUAUGCCCUACUCAAAAUAUAAUGUGUUCAGUUUCAUACUUAAGCCCUUUGGAGUCAAAUUUCUUUACUUUUAUAUAUUCUAAGACAUUUUCAACUUUUCAUUUAAAUCAAGACAUAAUCGCAACCAAUUGAAUAAAAUUGGUUAAUUCUUUUGUUUGGUUAAAGUUUGUCAAAGUGUAUAUUGAUUGGUUAAUAUUUAUCCAAUAUUGACUGUUGACCAAUCAAAUCGCUUGCAUGAGAAGACUAGCCAAAAGAUAACCUGUCAAUAAGUUAUCCAGUUAUAUACAAUCGGCGCAGGCAAAUACUAAUCAUGUUACAUUUUGAAAUAAGAUUACUGGUAAUUAAGAGCCCAAUUUCUUGAACUAUCAAGUAUCUUAUUUCAAUUAGCCAAAAUACAUAACUCUGUCUUGAUUAUAUAAACCAAAAAAAAUUGUUUAUCGUGAUUAUCUUGAAUAUAGUUUCCUUUCGAUCUCAAAACUCUUAAAAGGAGAAUAUUAAAUUGUAUGCCAAAUUAAUGUGCUUAACUUAAUUUGGUUUUAAUUGACUUAAGAUUGUUCAAGAAAUGUGGGCCUUAGGUCAAACAAAAAUAAUCCUUUGGUUCUGGUUACAUGCUUUUAAAUGAGGCUAAGUAGUUAUGGAAACCUUUUUAUUUUUGUAAAUUAUAUAUAUCAUUGUGUUGUUAACAUGAAUACAUUUUCCGACAUUAAUGUUUCCAAGAAAGCAACACAAUAUAAGUAAACUGUAUCACCUUAAACAAAUAAAAGUGCCACAUAGUUUCUAAUUAAAAAAAAAUAAAGAAAUAAAAAAUUUGGGAGUUUGGGACUUGAACUUAACGCGGUCGAGUAACCAGAACCACAGUAUUAGUAUUGUAUGGCCUUAUUUUAUCUCUGCAUACUAUCACAGGAACUGAAUGCUCACUGGAUAUAUUAAAUGUAUAAUUUUUUGUAAUGCAAGUUGUAUUAUUUUUAUCAUUACAUUCAUUCACAAAAUCAUCGAAAUAACAUUGUCUCUUUUUCCGUCCAGUUUUAAUAAUGAGAAUAACCCGGUUUACGUUUCUAUAUAGUAUAAAUAAAUGGAAUGGCUGUAGAAUAAAUGUUAAAACUUUAUUCAAAAAUGAUAUGGAGCAAAACCUGAUUUUGAAAGUUAAUUUAAAUUGUCACCUCAUUUUCAUUAUGUUCUAUCUGACAUAAAUUUUGUCCUCAAGAUUCAAAUUUCAAUGCAACAAACUGUAUGGUAGAUAGAACAAUACAUUACUGGGAAUUAUGCAAGAUUGUGUGUUUGCAAACAUUCCACCAGGGGAGGUAUUUUAUUGUCUCAUUUUUCACAAAAAUGCAGAUAAAACAUAAGAAUGUAAAGAACACAACUUAUAUUUUCACUUUUUUUUCUUGUUCAUAUAUUUUGAAUUAUUUUAUUUACACUGCAGUUGUUUAAUAGACGUAUCAAUGGUCAUAAUUCAAAAAAAGAUAUUUUUUAACAAAAUAUGUAACAAACGAUUAUCAAGGUGACAUUUUAAAAUGCUGGGCUUUUCCCGGUAGUUUGAAUUCUUUUAUUAAUUUAUAUUUACAACAAUGUUACAAAGCGUUUUUAGAGACAUUUAUUUUUUGUUUUGUCUGUACAUAUUCUGGUGGAAAGAAAUGAAAAGCUAUUGUUUGUUGAAAAAGAUUUUUGAGAAUAUAUCCGUAUACAGAU